AUGAGCCUAUCCCUGGCCAAUACUCCUAUAAAAAGGGAAACUGAUACCAGAAUUAUUGAUCAGGUAUAUCCCGGAGUAUGGGCAAUUGACAUACCGGGACGUGCCAAGAAUGCAUCACCUGUAAUAGUAAAAUUGAAGGAAGGACAGAGUGCGGUAAGAAUUAAACAAUACCCACUGAAAAGGGAAGAUAGGGAAGGAAUUCGUCCAAACAUAGAGCGAUUCAUAGAACUAAAACUACUAAAAGAAUGUGAGUCAGAAUUUAACACACCUAUCCUCCCAGUUAAAAAACCUGAUGGGUCUUAUAGGAUAGUUCAAGAUUUAAGGGCCAUUAACAAAAUAACAGAGGAUCUGUAUCCUGUAGUAGCUAACCCCUAUACCUUACUAACCACCCUGACACCUGACCUAGCUUGGUUCACAGUUUUAGACUUAAAAGAUGCCUUCUUUUGCCUCCCUCUCCAUGAAGCCAGCCAAAGAAUUUUUGCUUUUGAAUGGGAAAAUCCCAGAAGCGGUCGAAAGACCCAGCUCACAUGGACGGUGUUGCCACAGGGGUUUAAAAAUAGCCCCACAAUUUUUGGAAACCAAUUAGCAAAGGAUUUGGAGUUAUGGGAACCACCGUCAGAAGAAGGGAAAGUGUUACAAUAUGUAGACGAUCUUCUUAUUGCAACCAGAACCGAAGAAUCUUGUAUUAUUUGGACUGUGAGUCUGCUGAACUUUCUGGGACUACAAGGAUAUCGAGUUUCUAAGAAGAAGGCACAGGUGGUGUUACAACAGGUCACAUACCUGGGGUACGAGAUCAGUGCCGGACAACAGGUCCUGGGGAAGGCCCGAAAAGAAGCCAUAUGCCAAGCCCCCCGACCACGAACUGUAAAGGAACUGCAGACAUUUCUGGGAAUGACAGGAUGGUGCCGGCUUUGGAUAUACAGAGCUUUCCAUGAACUGAAGAAAGCCUUGAUGUCGGCACCAGCACUAGGCCUUCCUGAUGUGAGUAAGCCAUUUUUCCUAUUUUCCCAUGAGAAACAGGGAAUGGCAUUAGGAAUACUGGCACAAGAUUUGGGACCAUACAGACGGGCAGUGGCAUACUUCUCUAAACAGCUGGAUGCCACUGCAAAAGGGUGGCCUGGUUGCCUGAGAGCAGUAGCAGCCGUCAUCCUAAACAUCCAAGAGGCCCGGAAGUUUACCCUGGGCCAGAAAAUUACUGUCUUAGUAUCCCACACAGUGUCUGCAGUCCUUGAAACAAAAGGGGGGCAUUGGCUCUCCCCACAGAGAUUCCUAAAAUACCAGGCCAUAAUGGUGGAACAAGAUGAUGUUGAGAUCGUGACUACAAACAUCGUCAAUCCGGCCUCAUUUCUUAAUGGGAAUAUUGGAGAAUCAGUCGAUCAUGACUGUCUAGAAACAAUCGAAGCCACUUAUUCUAGUCGGACAGAUCUCAAGGAUGUUCCUAUUAAUGGAGCUGAACAUUGGUUCACGGAUGGGAGCAGCUAUAUGCUGAAUGGAAAGCGACAUUCCGGAUAUGCUGUUACAACCUCUGAAGAAGUGAUAGAAUCGGGGCCGCUACCGGCUGACACUUCAGCACAGAAGGCUGAAAUCAUAGCCCUUACUCGAGCUCUGGAGAGAGCUCGGGGAAAACCUAUAAAUAUUUGGACUGAUUCUAAAUAUGCCUUUGGAGUGGUACAUGCUCAUGGAGCAAUAUGGAAAGAAAGGGGACUGUUAAACUCCCAAGGAAAAAUCAUCAAACAUGCGGAAGAAAUUUUGAAACUCCUAAAUGCGGUCCGGCUUCCUGAAAGGGUGGCAAUUAUGCACAUUAAGGCACACCAGAAAGUGAAAGGUAAACCAGACUAUACUAAAGAAGAUCGCAAACUGAUUUCUGACCUAGAGGGAUCAUAUAAUGAGGAAGGGUGGGCUAUAAUCUCACAUGGGAGAAUAGUGAUUCCUUCCUACAUGGUAUGGUCAGUAGUCCGGGAAGAGCAUAGAAAAAGGCACUGGGGGGCAGAAGCUCUAUAUAAGGAUCUCACUAAAAACAUAAUAGCACGAAAUUUGUAUACUACUAUUAGACAAGUAACCCAACAAUGUGAUCUUUGUCUCCAGACUAAUCCUAAGAUUACCAAGGGGCCAAAGUUGGGAAAAAUUGGGAGAGGAAAUGUUCCUGGGCAACAUUGGCAGAUCGAUUUCUGGGAACUUCCUAGAAAAGGGGGGUAUCGAUAUUUAUUGGUACUAACAGAUACCUUUUCAGGUUGGCCAGAAGCCUUCCCGUGCAGAACUGCUAAAGCCCGGGAAGUGACCAAAAUACUACUCCAAGAGAUAAUACCUAGGUUUGGAGUCCCAGCGGUAAUGUCCUCGGAUAGAGGACCACAUUUUGUGUCCAGAAUAGUGCAACAGAUCAGCCACCAUCUAGGAAUAGAUUGGCAAUUACAUACCCCAUACUGACCACAAUCGAGUGGCCAGGUGGAAAAGAUGAAUCAUCUAAUCAAACAACAGAUUGUCAAGUUAGGCCAAGAAACAAAUCUAACUUGGCCCCAGUCUUUGCCAUUAGCUCUUACACGAAUUCGAACUAGACCGAGAGCAAAAGAGGGGCUUAGCCCAUUUGAAAUUUUAUAUGGACGACCCUAUGGGGUACAAAAGGGGAUGUCUUCACAGACUGGUGAAGAAACAAUGACUUCCUAUAGAAUGUGGCAAUGGUGA